GUUCACAAAGUGUUUCCCAAUGGACUAGCAUCUCAGGAAGGAACUAUUCAGAAAGGAGAUGAAGUACUAUCCAUUAAUGGAAAGUCUCUUAAAGGUGCAACUCACAAUGAUGCCUCAGCAAUCAUGCGGCAGGCUCGACAACCCAGACAAGCUGUUGUUGUCACUAGAAAAGCUAAAGAUGGAGAAAAAAGUGUCAAUGUUUCAAUCGACUCUAGUACAUCUUCAGUAGCAAGUGAUGCUUCACAAGAGUCGGCAACUGAAGGUACGAUCUGCACUGUAACUCUGGAAAAAACACCUGCUGGUUUAGGAUUCAGUCUGGAAGGAGGGAAGGGCUCUAUUCAUGGAGAUAAACCCAUCAUCAUCAAAAGGAUAUUUAAAGGAACUGCAUUAGAACAAAGCAGCCCUGUUCAGCCUGGUGAUGAGCUGUUACAAGUGCACACGACUGCCAUGCAAGGACUCACUCAUUUUGAAGCCUGGAAUAUAAUCAAGGCAUUACCUGAUGGCCCCAUCACAGCAAUCAUCAAGAGGAAGAAUCCGAGCUCUGUUACUGCCAAGUCAUCUGAAACUUUGUAAAAGGAGGAAUUAGACUACUGCCAAUAUUACAAACAAAAAAGGAUUUUAUUACUUGCAGCCAUUUGGCUAGCACAGCGAGCUACUCAGAAAGCACAUAUGAAAAGCACACGUGAUCUUACUGCCAGUUACAGAGCAAGCUGUUUGGGAUAAAAUAAGAUCUGCACAAAAUGUGCAUGAUUCUUAUUUCAACAUUCAGAAACAGAUGUUACAAAGUGUAGAAUUAUAAAAUAAUGUUUUUAUUAAUAAUAUACUGGUUGUAAUAAAAUAUGUGACAGCUA